AUGACUUCAGUUGAUGCCAUGAAGGCAACAAUGAAACGGCUUGAAAAGGAGCGUGUUACGCUACUCGGCCAAAUGGAAGACGUUUCGCAAGAUUCCUCUGAACAUAGGCUUGUUCUUAAGAACUUAUCAAAGCUACCAUCUGAUCGGAAGUGUUAUCGCAUUAUUGGAGGUGUUGCUGUUGAGAGAACCGUUGAGGAAGUUAUGCCAUCGUUGGCUAGUCACGCAGAUAUGCUUGACCAACUUCGCGAGAAACUGAAGGGUCACCUUGACACUUUGAACACUGAAAUCAACAAACUUGGAGAGUCGCUCCAGAAUACAAUCAAGCAACAACAAAGUUCAAAUUAA